CAUUUCAACAGCCUUUCUCAGACCUUAUCUAUAUUCAUCCCAGAGAGCAAAGACUAAAGUAAAGAAAAAGAAAACAAAAAAAUCCUGGUUCCACCAGCUAGCUCCGCUACUUACUGACUAACGCUACCACUAUUUAGGAUUUUCUGUAAAAAGGCUGAAACCAGUAGCAUAAAACUCGGGAGACCCCUGCCCUCUGCCUAGCCAGCAUCAAAAGGAGAAGCAAGAUUGCUAGCACAUAGUAUAAGACAACAAGGGGAACCUCAACCAACCUUUAUCAUCACUGUUGAAGUUUUUUGAGUAGAAUAACAACAAAGGGUUAGGGAAGCCCUUGUCAUACACUAGUACUAGUAGUAUAUAACAAGGGUAAACUGAAGACGCUAAAGUGAGGGUGUGCAAAAGAGGAAGAGUGUGUUGUGUGCGUUCUUAUAAUGGAGGGCUCAAGUUCAACUUCAUGCUUGAUGAUGGCUUUUGGGGGGGACAACAGUAGUGGUGCUUUAGGAGGUCCUACAAGUCCUAUGAUGAUGAUGAUGAUGCCUCCUCAGAUGACUUCUUCUACCCACCUUAAUGCAGAGACCAAUACCCUAUAUCUUCCUCUACCUCAUGCUCAUCCCGGCGACACCCAAGACCACCCCAAUAAUCGUCGCACUGCAGCUACUUCUGCUUCUUCUAUGAUGCAGCUGGAUGAUGAAAACCACAACAACAGUCAUCAUAACUUGAGCAGCAGCACCACUGGCGGUGGCAGUUAUUUCGUGGAUCACAGCAACAAUGAUAUCGGUGGAAGCUAUUCUUCGUCUCCUCCUCCAUCUGUCAAGGCUAAGAUCAUGGCUCAUCCUCACUACCAUCGUCUCUUGGCUGCCUAUAUCAAUUGCCAAAAGAUAGGAGCACCUCCUGAAGUGGUGGCAAGGCUAGAGGAAGUCUGCACUUCUGCUGCAAGUCUUAGCCGUAACAACACAAGCUGUAUUGGUGAAGAUCCGGCACUUGAUCAAUUUAUGGAAGCCUAUUGUGAAAUGCUGACUAAAUACGAAGAGGAACUCUCGAAACCCUUCAAGGAAGCCAUGCUUUUCUUGUCAAGAGUCGAGUGCCAGUUCAAAGCUCUCACUCUUGCUUCUUCAGAUUCUGAUGCUCAUGAGAACUCUCUUGAAAUACUAGCAGCUUGUGGAGAGGCUAUGGACAGGAAUGGAUCCUCUGAAGAGGAGGUUGAUGUGAACAACAGCUUCAUUGACCCUCAAGCAGAAGAUCGGGAGCUUAAAGGUCAGCUUUUGCGCAAGUACAGUGGAUAUUUGGGCAGCCUGAAGCAGGAAUUCAUGAAGAAAAGAAAGAAAGGAAAGCUGCCAAAGGAAGCCAGGCAACAGUUGUUGGACUGGUGGAGCAGGCAUUACAAAUGGCCAUACCCAUCGGAAUCACAGAAGCUGGCGCUUGCUGAAUCAACAGGUCUAGACCAGAAGCAAAUUAAUAAUUGGUUCAUCAAUCAAAGGAAGCGGCACUGGAAGCCUUCAGAGGAUAUGCAACUUGUGGUGAUGGAUGCCACACAUCCCCACUAUUAUAUGGACAAUGUUUUGGGUAAUCCCUUUCCAAUGGACAUCUCGCCUGCACUGCUCUAAUUGAGCUGUAAGGCAAUGGACUUUGCAUUAGAUGCCAUUAAAAUUUAUGAACCACUACUUGCUACUAUCAACACCGGAUCCUUGCUAUAUAUGUUUUUGUAACUGCAUCUCCUCCUGGUAUCAAGGUUGCUACUCUUCAGUGUCUACCUUGGACACGUAGUGGAUAGGUACUCAAAUACGAUGUGCUGGAAUAUAUAUUUCCUUAAUGCUUGCUGCUUGUUUCAGCAAAAUAUUUGGGAGGUUAGUAGAUAAUUAACCAUUUGCUGUGGUUAUUUUCUGUGUUUUCUUGGCCAUACUCGAUGAAAUCCGACCCAGCUGCCCUCGACUAAAAUGAGUACAAGGAUGGAUUACAUUUUUUA